CCUCGGCGGCAGAGGAGACUCGGGGGCCAUUUUGUGAAGAGACGAAGGCCGAGCAGUUGUGGCCGCAUUUCUGACCUCCAUCAGCAAACGUCUACUCCACGUAGUACCCGGGAGUAGGAGAUUCCGAAUCGAAUCUCUUCUCCCUUCUCCCUCCGGGGCAGCAAGGCGAACCCCAUCCCUACUCACUGGAGCUCAGCUUUGAUUUUUAACCUCCCUAUCCCACCCUUCCAGAACACACACAUUCCCAUUCCAAACUGAUUUUAUUAAAAAAGACAAAAAUCCAUUUUAAACAUAAUGAUGCAACUUGGUGUGCACUACGGCAAAUUUACAGGUGUUUUUUUUUAAUUGUUUCCAAAAACGGGACUUGGAUUUAAGAUGUAAUUUUUAAAAUUUCUAUUUCUAUUUUUCUGCAGCAGUUGGGUUAGAGGAGGAGUCUUUUAGCCUCUCAUAAACUGACCUCUCUACUUCCUCGUGUAUUUUUAAGAUUGAUUGAUGAUGUGGAAAGGGCUUUGCUUGUCUGCUACUGAGAACUUUACCCUUGCGGUUUUUGUGGAAACUGCUUUUGGAAAGAGAAAAGAAAUGAACUUUACUGACUUGACAUUUUUGCACCUCCCGUUUUUCUAAUCUGGGCUAUUUUUAUUUUUGUUUUUUUACAGUGAGAUUUUUUUGAUCUUCAGCUACAGUAAGUUAUUCCAAUUUUUUUUUAACAUUUUUCCUGACUUUCCGCUGAUUUCCUUUUUAUUGUUGUUACUAGUUACUAUUAUUUAUUAUUAUUAUACUUAUGAUGGUGAUGAUGGUGAUGAUAAUGACUGAUGAUUUUUAACCCGAUUAAAAUCCAGUUUUUCUGAAUGUUCAUAAGAAUUUCUCCGGCCUCCUAAAUGACUUUGGAGUUUUGCAUCUUGGGAGAGAAAGUGAUGGCAUUAGCAUUUUUAAGUGGAUUGAUCACAUAAACCUUUUCUCUCCCAACCCCACCCUUGCCCUCAUCCCCUUCCUCACGCUCGAAAGAAUUUUACUGGCUGUUUAAGUCUGUGAUCUUAUUUUUCCUGAUCUUUAACUUAACUGUUUUAGAGCAUCUCUGGACGUCUGUAUUUUUAAUUUUUUUAUUUUUGUUUUUUAUUUUUAAUCUUUCAUUUGUUAAAUUUUUAAACUGUGCUUCAAUAAAAUGUGUGUGGUACUACUUAACACCUAUGAAGGUGAUGGCAUUUUCCCAGAAAGCCAUCUUCCUCCUGUUUCCCUUGAAAUCCCAUCCUGAUUUUCCUGUACACUACCCCUUCACAAACCACAAGCUGCAGCAACAUGGAUGCCCAGCCUGGAGCAGCAGCAGCCAGGAUGACCUGGAGCCAGGGGGGCCUUCGGAACAGAUGCACACCCUUCCUGGGUGAUGUUUCAGCUUUGUGAGGAACUUUAUCAUCAAAGACAAUGGCCAGCAAUGUUACCAAUAAGACAGAUCCUCGCUCCAUGAACUCCCGUGUAUUCAUUGGGAAUCUCAACACUCUUGUGGUCAAAAAAUCUGAUGUGGAGGCUAUCUUCUCAAAAUAUGGCAAAAUUGUGGGUUGCUCCGUUCAUAAGGGCUUUGCCUUUGUUCAAUAUGUUAAUGAGAGAAAUGCUCGGGCUGCAGUGGCCGGAGAGGAUGGCAGAAUGAUUGCUGGACAGGUUUUAGAUAUUAAUCUGGCUGCAGAGCCAAAAGUGAACCGAGGAAAAGCAGGUGUGAAACGAUCUGCAGCGGAGAUGUACGGCUCCUCUUUUGACUUGGACUAUGACUUUCAGCGGGAUUAUUAUGACAGGAUGUACAGUUACCCAGCACGUGUUCCUCCUCCUCCUCCCAUUGCUCGGGCUGUAGUGCCCUCGAAACGCCAGCGUGUAUCAGGAAACACCUCACGAAGGGGCAAAAGUGGCUUCAAUUCUAAGAGUGGACAGCGAGGAUCUUCUUCCAAGUCUGGAAAAUUGAAAGGAGAUGAUCUUCAGGCCAUUAAGAAGGAAUUGACCCAGAUAAAACAAAAAGUGGAUUCUCUACUGGAAAGCCUGGAAAAAAUUGAAAAGGAACAGAGCAAACAAGGAGUAGAGAUGAAGAAUGAUAAGUCAGAAGAGGAGCAGAGCAGCAGCUCCCUGAAGAAAGAUGAGACUAAUGUGAAGAUGGAGUCUGAGGGGGGUGCAGAUGACUCUGCUGAGGAGGGGGACCUACUGGAUGAUGAUGAUAAUGAAGAUCGGGGGGAUGACCAGCUGGAGUUGAUCAAGGAUGAUGAAAAAGAGGCUGAGGAAGGAGAGGAUGACAGAGACAGCGCCAAUGGCGAGGAUGACUCUUAAGCACAUAGUGGGGUUUAGAAAUCUUGUCCCAUUAUUUCUUUACCUAGGCGCUUGUCUAAGAUCAAAAUUUUCACCAGAUCCUCUCCCCUAGUAUCUUCAGCACAUGCUCACUGUUCUCCCCAUCCUUGUUCCUCCCAUGUUCAUUAAUUCAUAUUGCCCUGCGCCUAGUCCCAUUUUCACUUCCUUUGACGCUCCUAGUAGUUAAGUCUUACCCUGUAAUUUUUGCUUUUAAUUUUGAUACCUCUUUACGACUUAACAAUAAAAAGGAUGUAUGGUUUUUAUCAACUGUCUCCAAAAUAAUCUCUUGUUAUGCAGGGAGUACAGUUCUUUUCAUUCAUGUAUGAGUUCAGUAGUUGCUUCCCUAACUGCAAAGGCAAUCUCAUUAGUUGAGUAGCACCUUGAGAGCAGCUUUGAGUUAGAGGUGUAUGUGUUAACCCCGUGUAUGUAGCAUACCUGGGGCUCUUCAACACAAAUGUAACGAUGUAUUUUUGUGAAUGAGAGUUGGCAUGUCAAAUGCAUCCUCUAGGAAAAUAAUUAGUGUAAUAGUCUUAAGAUUUGUUUUCUAAAGUUGAUACUGUGGGUUAUUUUUGUGAACAGCCUGAUGUUUGGGACCUUUUUUCUCACAAUAAACACAUCCUUAUUAAACCAGGAAUUUGGAGAGAAAAACCCUGGUUUUUUAUUUUUGUAUUUUAUAAUUGUUUAUUUCAAAUUCUUUUGUUUCACUGUGGCCUCCACAACACCCCUAGAAUGUAUAUUUUUCUUUGAGUCUUAGUCACUAUUAUGCAUACCAAUGCACACUGCUCACAUUAUACUUCAUUGGGGCGGGUGUUCUUAUUAAGGAGACAAGGAACUUUGGUGUGGAGUGGAGAGUGUUGCAAAAUUGCUUUUGUGUCCUGAUGGAAAAAGUUGGGAAAUACAUUAAGCCUUUUCAUCAAUGCUUUGUGGUCUAGUUGGUGCCCUUUUUGAGAUUUUUGUUGUGCUAAAUUGUUUCAUCCUUAAAUAGAUGAGGUUUGAACAUGUUAAGAUUUUAGGGAAAUUGAAAUAACUGGAGAAUAAAACUUAUUUUCUUCCAUUUUGUCCUUUUAAUUGCUACUUAUCAGCCCUAUUUAUUUCCUGGAUUCUGAGGUUUUUUCCUUGGUGUUACUGAAAAUAGAAAAGUUCUUUCCCAGGUAACUAUAGUGAGGGUUAUACAUUUAUUUUACUUCCAAUUAGUUCAAUCCAUAUGAACUAACUUUUUGUGCCCCUCUCAAUUAAUUGCAAUGAUUUUAUAUUAACAGGUAAUAAAGCAGAAUAGAGGCUGAAUUAUGGACCGCCCUUAGAUCUGAGAUCCACAGUAUAAUAGUAGUUUGUGUGUUAAUUUGGUCAAAAAUACUUUUACCCACCUUGUUUUCUAAAUGUCAUUUCAUAUACUACACAAACUCACUUCUGGCACAUAACUAACUCAUGAGAAAAUAAAACUGGAAGCUUAGAAAGGGUUAAAGCUCUAAAGCUCUAAUAAAACCUAUUUAGGAUUAUAAUGUUAGCCAUCGGUAUCUAAAAGAUACUAGACUGACCAAUUAGUCCAGGCAUGAAAGUGUCCAGUUUUAAUUCCAUUUGAAAUCAAAUAUUGGAAGAAACUGGGGAAAGGCUCUUUUUUAAUAGCUAGAGAAAUGGUAAUACACUCUCAGAAAAUCUACAUGCACACAAGAUUAUUGAUAAAAGUACCAGGGUGAGCCUAGGUUGUCUUGAUAGGGAAGAAUCAUUUUAUACUCUAGAUCUUAGGCUAUUAAUUAGGCUAAAUGUCUUCAUAGUUAAAAAGAGGAUUCCUAGUAUAUUUUAGUUCAGAUAUUACCCUAACACCUGAAGCCUGCAAAGAUUGUAAGAUUAGUACCAUUUAGUGCAGGAUGUAAAGCCUCUUACAGAAGGAAGUAGGUAUAACAAAAGAAAAAUAUCGCCAACAGGAACAAGAAGAUUGUGGUGAAUUGGAAGGGAAUAAAUGAGGAUUGAGAAUGUAAUGGAAGGAGUAGAAGCAAAAUGACUAUCAUUUGAGCCAUACAGUAACCAUAAAAUGUUGGAGGAAUCUGUUGGACAUUUCAGCAGCCAAGUCCAGGACCAUGACAAGGAAAGUAAAACAACAGAUGACAAACUGUACAAGUAACUAGUGUUUAGGUAAUGUAGAUGAAAUGGUGGUUUCAUUAUAGAAAUACUUGGGGAAUAAGAAAUAGCCAUGUAUUUAAUGAGAUUGGUUGAAAGAUUCACUUUGUUCCGAGACUAUGUAGCUGGCCUGUGAUGCACUAAUUUUCAGGAGAAAACCACAAAGUGUCAUGAUUAACUGUGACCUGGGAAAAUGAAGGACUUAGCCACAUAAACAUUCCUACUGACAUCUGACCUUUUAUGUAAUAGGAGGAAAAUUAACUACACCAGCAAUUUUCAACCUUUUCCAUCUCGUGGCACACAUAAACUAAUCCCUAAAACUCUGCGGCACACCAAAAAUGUAUUUUUUUGCCAGGCUGACAAGAAAAUUGGUAUAAUUUUGAUCAUUCACACUGGAUGGCUAUUGCUGUGUUUGUCGUUUUUUUAUUUGACAAUCUAUGGGGGGGAAAUGUCAGAACCCCCUGACUAUUUAAAUAAAGCGUUACAUGUUUUAAACAUUCUUGCAGCACACCAGUCGAAAAAGGCUGAACUACAAUAAUGUCAAACGGAGUGUGAAUAUUUGGGCCCUGAUUCAGAUCACUUUGACCAAGAACAUGCAUUUCAGUUGAAUUUAGCAGGACUAAAGAAACAGCACCCUAAUAAAUAAAGGAAACCAGUUAACAGUAAAACAGCUAUGACAGAAGUGAGAGUGACCAGUAAAUAAGUUAUGUGUAAUACGCAAAGUAUGGACUAAAUAACUUUAGAAGUACCUCAGUUUAUCAGUGCUGUACCUUAAAGACUACAGCAUCGAUUAUACUGCGGUGUUUGACUAAUAAAUGGUCACUAUGUUGGAGAGUUUUUACUGUUUAGAAAGAGUGGUAUAAAUUUAAAAUGUAGUCAAAUUACAGAGAAAGGGCUGGAUACAGAUUUAUAUCUUGACUGGGACGAGAGAAUUCCAGGUGUUUGAAGGAGACUAAAUUAGGGGUGUUUGGAUUUUUGUUAAGUUAAUCCUAAUGAAGUAAACUAAACCAAAGAGAAGGCCUGAAAACAGCAUGUGGUUGUAUAAGUGGCUUUAGGGGUUAACAAAGAAACACCCCAAUUAUGAAGAGCAGAAUCUGUUUAUAAAGUGUUAGAGUUAGUCCUCUUCACUUCCCCACUGCUUAAGUUAGAAAUACAAGACAAUGGGAAGAGAGAAGGGAUAGUAUGAUGGGGUAAAUGCCAGCCAAAAACGGUACCUAACAGGAGUUGAAGCCCAAGACAAAUCAGGUUAAGGAGGCAUGGUUCUUGCCAUUCCAGUCCUGAGCAUGCCAUACUAUUUUUUUUUUUUUUUAAGGUCACACAGGAAUAAAAGCUUGAGUGAAAUAAGUUGUUUUGAAAGAAUGGCAGAAAUUGACUUGUACAAAUAUAUUACAGGCCUUUCACAAACCUAAAAUUGUAAUUAGAAUGAUUAUAUUAGUAUUCUAUCAGAUUAGUUGUUGAGUGUUUCUCAAUCUUGGUUGUGCAUUGAAAUUACCAAGGGAGCUUUAAAGUCCUGAUUCCCAGGUGUGUGCACCAGACAUUGUCUUGGUCAUUGGGAUUCUGGCAUCAUCAUUCAAUUGCUGUAAUUUCAGUUUGCUACUGACAUGGGGAACCACUGCACCAAGAGGCAAAACGUUGUGCCCUUUCUGUAGUAAAUAUGGUAGAAGGGAAGAAUU